AUGGGGAAACUGAGGCCCAGACGUGUAACCGAGGGCCUGGCGGCACCGGAUAUCGUGCACCAGGUUCGCGUGGACGCUGGGGGGUCCUUCCUGUCCUGUGAGCUGCGGCCCCGCGCACUGCGCAAGCGGGAUGUGCCUGCGCCCCGAACGUCCCUCUACCAGCUGCAAUACCGCAGGCGCGAGCUGCGCUUCAACCUGACCGCCAAUCAGCACCUGCUGGCGCCCGGCUUUGUGAGCGAGAUGCCGCGGCGCGGCGGCCUGGGUCGCGCGCACAUCCGGGCCCACACCCCCGCCUGCCACCUGCUUGGCGAGGUGCAGGACUCCGAGCUCGAGGGUGGCCUGGCGGCCAUCAGCGCCUGCGACGGCCUGAAAGGUGUGUUCCUGCUCUCCAACAAGGACUACUUCAUUCAGCCCCUGGACGAUGCCCCAGCCUGGCCCAGCCAUGCCCAGCCCCAUGUGGUGUACAAGCAUCCGGCCCCGGAGAGGCUGGCACAGCGGGGUGAUUCCAGUGCUCCAAGUACCUGUGGGGUGCAAGUGUGGUACCCAGUGCCUCCUCUGCAGAGCAGCAGUAGUGCCGGCCAGUCCAGUGCCCCAGAGAACUCGCUGAGGAGAAGCCCUGGAGACCCUCCCAAAGUGCCGAGAUUACAGGUGGCUGGCCUGUUUCACGACCCCAGCAUUGGGAACCCCAUUCACAUGACCAUUGUGCGCCUGGUCCUUCUGGAAGAUGAGGAGGAGGACCUAAAGAUCAUGCACCAUGCAGACAACACCCUGAAGAGCUUCUGCAAGUGGCAGAAAAGCAUCAACAUGAAGGGGGACGCCCACCCCCUGCAGCAUGACACCGCCAUCCUGCUCAUCAGGAAGGACCUGUGUGCAGCCAUGAACCGGCCCUGUGAGACACUGGGCUUGUCUGAUGUGGUGGGCAUGUGCCAGCCGCACCGUAGCUGCAACAUCAAGGAGGACAUGGACCUGCCGCUGACCUUCACUGUGGGGCCUGUGCUCUCACACAGUUUUGGCAUUCAGCAUGAUGGAAGCAGCAAUGACUGUGAGCCCAUUGAACAGCCUUUCAUCAUGUUUCCACAGCUCCCGUACGACGCCGCUCCCCUCACCUGGUCCUGCUGCAGCUGCCAGUACAUCACCAGGUUCCUUGACCAUGGGUGGAGCCUGUGCCUGGAUGACCCGCCUGCCAAGGACAUCAUUGACUUCCCAUCAGUGCUGCCUGGGGUCCUCUAUGAUGUGAGCCACCAGUGCCGCCUCCAGUACGGGGCCUACUCUGCCUUCAGCGAGGACAUGGAUAAUGUCUGCCACACACUCUGGUGCUCUGUGGGGACCACCUGUCACUCCAAGCUGGAUGCAGCCGUGGACGGCACCCGGUGUGGGGAGAAUAAGUGGUGUCUCAAUGGGGAGUGCAUACCUGUGGGCUUCCAGCCCGAGGCCAUGGAUGGUGGCUGGUCUGGCUGGAGCGCCUGGUCCAUCUGCUCACGGAGCUGUGGCGUGGGCAUACAGAGAGCCAAGCAGCAGUGCCUGCAGCCUAUGCCCAAAUACAAAGGCAGAUACUGUGUGGGUAAGCGGAAGCGCUUCCGCCUCUGCAACCUGCAGGCCUGCCCCGCUGGCCACCCCUCCUUCCGCCACGUCCAGUGCAGCCACUUUGACGCUAUGCUCUACAAGGGCCAGCUGCACACAUGGGUGCCCAUGGUCAAUGACGUGAACCCCUGUGAGCUGCACUGCCAGCCCGCGAAUGAGUACUUUGCCGAGAAGCUGCGGGACGCCGUGGUUGAUGGCACCCCCUGCUACCAGGUCCGAGCCAGCCGGGACCUCUGCAUCAACGGCAUAUGUAAGGUAACGUGGGGCUGUGACUUUGAGAUUGACUCUGGCGCUAUGGAGGACCGCUGUGGCGUGUGCCACGGCAAAGGCUCCACCUGCCACACCGUGAGUGGGACCUUCGAGGAGGCCGAGGGCCUGGGGUAUGUGGACGUGGGGCUGAUCCCAGCCAGCACACGUGAGGUCCGCAUCCAGGAGCUGGCUGAGGCUGCCAACUUCCUGGCACUGCAGAGCGAGGACCCGGAGAAGUACUUCCUCAAUGGUGGCUGGACCAUCCAGUAGAACGGGGACUACCAGGUGGCAGGGACCACCGUCACAUACGCACGCAGGGGCAACUGGGAGAACCUCACGUCCCCGGGUCCCACCAAGGAGCCUGUCUGGAUCCAGCUGCUGUUCCAGGAGAGCAACCCUGGGGUGCACUACGAGUACACCAUCCACAGGGAGGCAGGUGGCCACGGCGAGGUCCCGCCGCCCGAGUUCUCCUGGCACUAUGGGCCCUGGACCAAGUGUACAGUCACCUGCGGCAGAGGUGUGCAGAGGGAGAGUGUGUACUGCUCGGAGCGGCAGGCAGGGCCCGUGGACGAGGAGCACUGUGACCCCCUGGGCCGGCCCGAUGACUGCCAGAGGAAGUGCAGCCAGCAGCCCUGCCCUGCCAGCCGGUGGUGGGCAGGUGAGUGGCAGCUGUGCUCCAGCUCCUGCGGGCCUGGGGGCCUCUCCUGCCAGGCUGUGCUCUGCAUCUGCAGCGUGGGGCUGGAUGAGCAGAGCGCCCUGAAGCCACCCGCCUGUGAACACCUUCCCUGGCCCCCUACUGAAACCCCUUGCAACCACCAUGUGCCCUGUCCAGCCACCUAGGCUGUGGGGAACUGGUCUCAGUGCUCAGUGACAUAUGAGGAAGGGACUCAGCACCGAAAUGUCCUCUGCAUCAGUGACACCGGUGUCCCCUGUGACAAGGCCCAGCAGCCAGCCAGCGAAGUCACCUGCUCUCUGCCACCCUAUCGGUGGCCCCUGGACACACUGGGCCCUGAAGGCUCAGGCAGCGGCUCCUCCAGCCACGAGCUCUUCAACGAGGCUGACUUCAUCCCGUGCCACCUGGCCCCACGCCCUUCACCCGCCUCAUCACCCAAGCCAGGCACCAUGGGCAACGCCAUUGAGGAGGAGGCUCCAGAGCUGGACCUGCCGGGGCCCGUGUUUAUGGACGACUUCUACUACGACUACAAUUUCAUCAGCUUCCACGAGGAUCUGUCCUACGGGCCCUCUGAGGAGCCCAAUCUAGACCUGGCGGGGACAGGGGAUCGGACGCCCCCACCACACAGCCGUCCUGCUGCGCCCUCCACGGGUAGCCCCGUGCCUGCCACAGAGCCUCCUGCAGCCAAGGAGGAAGGGGCACCGGGACCUUGGUCCCCGAGCCCUUGGCCUAGCCAGGCCGGCCGCUCCCCACCCCCACCCUCAGAGCAGACCCCUGGGAACCCUUUGAUCAAUUUCCUGCCUGAGGAAGACACCCCCAUAGGGGCCCCAGAUCUUGUCCCCAGCCUGCCCUGGCCCAGGGUUUCCACUGAUGGCCUGCAGACGCCUGCCGCCCCUGAGAGCCAAAAUGAUUUCCCAGUUGGCAAGGACAGCCAGAGCCAGCUGCCCUCUCCAUGGCAGGACAGGACCAAUGAGGUUUUCAAUGAUGAGGAACCCGAGGGCUGCGGAGCACCCCACCUGCCCCCGAGACCCAGCCCCACGCUGCCCACUUUGUACCCGGUCAGCAGCACCCACUCCUCUCCUAGUCCUGACGUGGCGGAGCUGUGGACAGGAGGGACAGUAGCCUGGGAGUCAGCUCUGGAGGGUGGCCUGGGGCCUGUGGAUAGUGAACUGUGGCCCACUGUUGGGGUGGCUUCUCUCCCUCCUCCUCCCAUAGCCCCUCUGCCAGAGAUGAAGGGCAAGGACAGUCCCCUGGAGCCGGGGACUCCCACCUUCCCAACCCCAGGACCAGGCUUAUGGGACCUUCAGACUGUGGCAGUGUGGGGGACCUUCCUCCCCACAACCCUGACUGGCCUCGGGCACACGCCUGAGCCUGCCCUGAACCCAGGACCCAAGGGUCAGCCUGAGUCCCUCAGCCCUGAGGUGCCCCUGAGCUCUAGGCUGCUGUCCACGCCAGCUUGGGACAGCCCCGCCAACAGCCACAGAGUCCCUGAGACCCAGCCACUGUCUCCCAGCCUGGCUGAAGCGGGGCCCCCCGCGGACCCGCUGGUUGUCAGGAAUGCCAGCUGACAAGUGGGAAACUGGAGCGAGUGCUCCACCACCUGUGGCCUGGGUGCCCUCUGGAGGCCGGUGCGCUGUAGCUCCAGCCGGGAUGAGGACUGCGACCCUGCUGGCCGGCCCCAGCCUGCCCGCCGCUGCCACCUGUGGCCCUGUGCCACCUGGCACUCAGGCAACUGGAGUAAGUGCUCCCACAGCUGUGGCAGAGGUUCCUCAGUGUGGGACAUGCAGCAUGUGGACACGUGGGACCUCCGGCCACUGUGGCCCUUCCGUUGUCAGCCUGGACCUGCCAAGCUGCCUGUGCACUGGCCCUGCGGGGCCCAGCCCUGCCUCAGCUGGUACAUGUCUUCCUGGAGGGAGUGCUCCGAGGCCUGUGGCGGUGGUGAGCAGCAGCGUCUGGUGACCUGCCCAGAGCCAGACCUCUGCGAGGAGGCACUGAGACCCAACACCACCCGGCCCUGCAACACCCACCCCUGCACACAGUGGGUGGUAGGGCCCUGGGGCCAGUGCUCAGGCCCCUGUGGUGGUGGCAUCCAGGGUCACACACUGGUCAAGUGUGUCAACACCCAGACGGGGCUACCCGAGGAAGACAGUGACCAGUGUGGCCACGAGGCCUGGCCUGUGAGCUCCCGGCUGUGUGGCACCGAGGAUUGUGAGCCCGUCAAGCCUCCCCGCUGUGAGCGGGACCGCCUGUCCUUUGGGUUCUGUGAGACACUGCGCCUACUGGGCCGCUGCCAGCUGCCCACCGUCCGCACCCAGUGCUGCCGCUCGUGCUCUCCGCCCAGCCACGGCGCCCCCUCCCAAGGCCAUCAGCGGGUCACCCACCACUGACGGUGCCAGGAUGCACAGACCGACCGACCGACAGACCUCAGUGCCCACCACGGGCUGUGGCGGAGCUCCCGCCCCCUACGCCCUAAUGGUGCUAACCCCCUCUCACUACCCAGCGGCAGGCUGGGGAGCUCCUCCCCUUCGAAAAAGGUAUUUUUUUAUUCUAACAGUUUGUGUAACAUUUAUUAUGAUUUUACAUAAAUGAGCAUCUACCAUUCUAAAGCACAGUGUGACUUCAUCUUGGAUUUGGGGAAUCUUAAAAGUGAGAAACUCUUCCCCCGACCCCUCUGCCCAAAACUCCACCGCUGCAGCACCUCGGCAGGCACGGCUUUUCACCUGCUCCUCUGGGGCAGAGCUGCAGGGGGCAGCGUAGCAAACGAGUCCCUGAGAGCAUGGCAUCUGGUGAGGCACAGAAGGCCUCGGAAGCCGGGGGGCUGCUGCCCAGGGAGGCCUGUCUGCAGAGGGUGGGGUUCUGGGGGCAGGAAGGUCUUCUGGGCAGGGGCACAGCUUGGCCCUUACUUGCUGCCUGCCUUCAGCUCAGGCUCCCAGCCUUCCCUGGGGCCCCACUCUGUGGUCCUCAGAGACCUGUUCCACAGGGAUUGAGCCCACCUUGUCACUUGCAGGGACUGCCCCCUGGAGUGGUGGGGACUGGGGCCCCCAUGGGCACCUCCCUGGCUCUGUCUGUUCUAUCUGUUGACUCUUCUGCAAAAAGCGGGCAGAGAGGGGAAGAGCAGGCUGGCCAAUUUUGCCCUACUGUGUGCCCACGUGUCCCUUCAUCUCUGUGCCCAGAGAUAGGGCUGGGCUAAUUGCCACUGCUUUGGAGUGGCCCCUUUCCCACCACCAGCCCAAGCAACAGGUUCCUACCAUGCUGAUCUAUGGUCCAGCACCUGGCACCUGCCUACCCACAGCCCCUUCCCCUCCCAUAAAAUCUAGUCCCAUGGAGCCAGACAGUGGUGCCCACAGCUGGGAACAGAUGGGCAUGAAGGUGCUUUGAAGAGGGUCCUGGCCUGACCAGGGGCGGGAGGCUGGAGAAGGGGCGGACACUGUCCUCCCAGGCCCAGGCCCAGCCCUGGAUCCGACCCUGGCCUCUGGCUGUGAGCCUUAGACUCAGCCGUUGACAAUUUCCUCCUCAGCCCUCCCCCUGGAAGGUGUUACGCCCCUUCUACAGGUGGGGGACACUAAGGUUCAGAGAGGCCACCCUGCAGCCUACAGGGGUCACCUUUCACAUUCUACUCUCCAGGGUAUGACAUCCCUGGACGAAAAGCAAGUGUAGCCCUGGAGCCUGCAUGUGGCAGCCGCGGCCGCUCAGGGCUGGGUGUAUGCUGGGGAUGGAGAGGACACCACUGAAAAUCACUCCUGGCUGGGCGCGGUGGCUCACACCUGUAAUCCCAGCACUUUGGGAGGCUGAGGUGGGCGGAUCACCUAAGGUCAGGAGUUUGAAACCAGCCUGGCCAAUGUGGCGAAACCCCAUCUCUACAAAAAAUACAAAAAUUAGCCGGGUGCAGUGGUGGGCACCUGUAAUCCCAGCUACUUGGGAGGCUGAGGAAGAAGAAUCGCUUGAACCUGGGAGGCAGAGGUUGCAGUGAACUGAGAUCACGCCUUUGCACUCCAGCCUAGGCGACAGAGGGAGGAGACUGCGUCUCAAAGAAAAGAAAAGAAAGAAAAGAAAAGAAAGAAAAGAAAAAAAAUUACUCAUUAGGGACUGAGACCAAGAAAGAGCAUCAGAGGCUGAACCCCUUGGUGAUGAGCGUCUGUCCCAGGACUUGGAAGGGAGGGAGGGGAACGUGGCCAGGGGGGCUGCCUGCAGGUGCCUGUCCUGCUGCUCCUCAACUCAACAUGCUCGCCUCAUUUCACACCAACACGCCCCAUUCUCAGAGGAGGAGCCCAAGGCUCUAAGAGGAAGUAACUGGCCCAAGGACACAUGCCCUAGUGACACAGGCCCAUCCUAGGCGCCGACUGCCCACCUCCAAGUUCCAGGCCACGCUGAGCAGGUGAAAGAGGGAGAGGGCCCCGAGCAGGCCCCAGCUAUGGCUUUGCACAGAAAGGGCAGCCUGCCAGAGUUCACGCAGGAAAGCAAGUUGCUGGGAAGGCUAGCGUGAGUCCCAGCCCCGCUGUGCUGACCGAGGGUGGAGGAGCGUCAGGCAUGCUUCCUGUCUGCCUGCAGCAGCCAGGCUGGCCCAGCAAGACCUGGGGACCCACGCUCUGAGUCAUGGGUUCCCAGGCCUUAGUCAGAACUGCCCCUGGUGGCAGUCCCUUCCAAGGGGUAAGGAGCAGGGCCUGUCGACUUGCCCCUGACCCACACACUGAACCAGUCCCUAGGAACAUUAUCCUGGGCAUGCCGUACCUGUCGUGCAGUCUGAGUCAUGCUGCCAGGGCAGGUAUCCAGCUCCCAGCCUGGGAGUGCUGAGAGCCAAAUCCACUGCAAAGCAGGGGUGAUAGUCAGGGUCCCACCUCAUCUAUCUGUCGGCAAUCCAGUGGUAUCUAGGUGAGAGUCCCAUACACACGGUCAUCCCACAACACACUCCACACUCCACAGGCCAGGUGGGGACACACAGCCCCCUUCCCUCCCUCCCAGGUACCACCAUAGCUGCUAGUGUGUGACCGAAGGCAGGGUCCCUGGCCCCCGCUGAAGCACUAUCGCCGACCAGCAGGCUCACACACCUUGGCCUGUUGCUCCUAGGGGUCGCCUGUGCUAUUCAGCCAAGGGGACCACAGUGCCUGCUGGCCCAGCUGAGCUCCGCCUAGCGAGCCCACCUGCCUCUCCUGCCAUGGACUCUCCCUCUUCUGCUUUUCCCAGCAGGAAGGGCCCAGCCUCACCUAUGCAACCUGCAGCCCCACCCCCGCCAACCAGUUGAGGCUCCCCUCUUAGACUUAUAAGUCUAUGGCCAGUGGCAUCCGGCUACCUGCCCUCCCUGCCUUCCCCAGGGUCCCUUCAGAGGACCCUGGGAUUUCGGACCACCCAGAGGGGCCUCUGGCGCUCACUCCAAUCAUCCAUCCCUUAUAGCUUCACCAUUUUUGGUUCAAGCAGUGUUCCCUUUCUAUCAGGCCUGGUGGCUGUUGGGUGGGGCUCCCCAAGCAAGAGGUGGCCCUGGGCCGUGAGUUGGAAGACAGGGUGACCAGAGAAGAGAGAAGCCCGAGGGGGCUGAGCAUUCAUCUGAACUAUGGGUGGACUGCCUGGGUGCCAUGAAAGAGGCCAGCGUGUGUGAGCUGGGGAGGGCCGCCGCAGCCCCCACGCACUACCUAUGAAGCUCCGGCUUCUCCCUCCAUCUUCCUCCCCUUUCCCUUCCAGCCCCUCUUUUCCAGGAACCUUGCCAUGCCCACACCUACGCCCUCCCCUCCCCGGCCCUCCACAGCUGCUGCAGCGCACCCAUACUCUGCACUUGCCUCACCAGCUCUGGCUUUUCUCUAACCCGUUUUCUCUCUGCUUUCUCUCCAACUGCCAGCUGAUCGGGUCAGGCAAGUCCAUCCCAUCCUGAGAGCCCCAGGCCCCACUUCGACCUCUAAACACAUCCCUCCUCUUCUCAGAGACCUCCCUUUCCAAGCCUGCCUGGGCGGGUGUCCUGUGACUUGACAGUGGCUCCCCCAGCCCCAAAGCCAGCCCCCUUCAUCUGUGACUUAAGUCUGUUGUAGCAGUGAGCUGACACGUCCAGGUUUGACCAUUGCUGAAAACUUGUGCCCCCUCUGUGGUAUGCCUCUGCCCUGUUCUGUAAAUAGCUAUAAAUUCUCAUAUAUAUACACAUACACAUACACACACACACACACACACACACACACACACACACAUAUACACAUAUAUACAUGUGAUCGACUGCCUCACCUCUAGAACUGGGAAUCAGUCCCCGUGCUGUGCUUGUGGAGUCUUGUAGCCCAGCAAGAGGAAGCUGUCUCCUGACAUCGCCCCUCCAAAGUGCACCACCUCCAGUGAGCUUCCGGGACAUGCGCGGCCUGUGGACAGCCAGCCCCUGCCAUCCCUCCCGCCCUUCUAGCCAAGCAUGGCGGCACUGUGCAGGCAGCCGUGUGGCCUGACAGUCUCUACCAGUCCUGCUGUCCCUCGGCUGAGAAACCCAUUUCUGAAUGACAGAGAAUGUGUCCUCUGCUGGCUGUGUUCUCUAUGGAGCUCAGGGGAGGGAAAAGGCCAAGCCAUUUUUAGGGUGCUGUUGGCAGCGGUGAAAAGGUCACACCCUUUUCAAGGGACACUUUCCCUGGAAAGUCCCUGGAGCUUAGCUGGCUCUUAUCCUGUGAAGCCGGCUCUGGCCACUAGGGCACAGGGCCCUGAACUCAGCCUGGAGGGAGCCUGUGGGGCAGCCGGCACUCUGGAGGGACAGACAGGCCACCCGGUGCAGACAGGAGAGGGAGGCAGGGGGAUGGAAUGGAAGACACCUGGGGUGGAUGGAAGUCAGUGCCCUUGGGCACUGGUAUCUGUCUUCCUGACCACAGCUAGAUCAGGCUUCUCAACCUGUUGGCUGUCAGGGCCAGACUAUACUCCAUAGGCGCCAUGGCAGUCCUCGUGAAAUCCACCAGGUGUCACCAGGCAGCAUACAGGUAACAGGCCUGGAAGAUUCCCCACAGCCCAGCUGGACAUGCUGAGACACUCUGGGGCUCCUCGUUGAGUGGGAAAAACUGCAGGCCCCAGUGAGGGAAAUGGGAACAUGCCAGGCCGAGCAGUAUGGCUAAAUCCAUUUAUUCCAAAAUCAAAGCAAAACAAAAACAAAAACAAAAAAACAAAACAAAACAAAAAAGGGGUCCCAUCACCAGGGAGCCAUGACCCCAUCCCCGCCCCCAUCAUCGCUCCUAUGCUAACAAUGAAUAAGUUUCCCAGCCGCGAAUAAUUAUAAGAACCUCUUCCUCAUAUGCCAGCUGCAACCUCCGCUAGGUACGAUACAGAAUGUUACACAGCUACAGUAUGUACACGGGGGAAGGGGGGCCACCCCCAGCAGCCUGUGUCCUGGCCUCCUCUACAGUUAACUCCACUGUCCCGCCUCAGCUGCCUCUCUGAGUAAGAAGAUGGGAGCCCCCCUGAGGGAAAAGUUGCUUUGGUGAGAGUAAGGAGGCCGUCAGACCUCCUCCAAACAAACCAACUCCACCAACCUCUGGCUCUUAAAUAACAUCAUCAUCCAGAAAUGUAAGGACUCAGCCUUGGUCAAGGUGGUAAAGGGUCUGUUUGUCUCCCUCCAUUAGACAAGGGUCUUGUCUCGCUACCCUAAUGGUAAAGGGCUGACUGGGGAGGGGUUGUAGGGACAUGGUGGGGGUGAAGACUCCAGACCCACUUCUCCAGGCUUAUGCUGACAGGGGCCUGCUUUUAUUUAUUUUUAUUUUUAUCCCAUGAUGUUUUUUUAAAUCCCGUAACUUCUUUUUCAGAACUUUAAAAAAAAACUUUUCAUAAAACUUUUUUUUUUCACUUUUUUCCCACAACUUUUUUUGCCACAACUCUUCCACAGUAUUUUUUAUCCCGUAACUUUUUCAUCCCACAACUUUAAUUCCUGUAACUUUUUUAGUUUGUGUUCUUUUAAUAAACACACUUACAUGGUUACAAUUUUGUAAGAAUAAAAACCGAUUAUCUCAUGCCAAGCAUGCCCAGCAUUUGCACAGUCUCAAUACCUUUAAUACUAUAGUUUUGAAGACACACAAAAUUUUUAGGCAAAACAGCACCUUGAAACAAUCUAAUAAUUUAUUACAUUGCAGUAGCAUCACAGAAGCAGUCAAUAAUACCACUUUAGACAAAAAUCAGUAUUUCUAUCAUGCAUUCUGUGUAUAAGAAUUCAUAAAUCGGUAAAAGUCAUUCUAAGAAAACUUGGCAAAUACAGCUUGGACUGGAAUUGGCAUUUCUUUCUCUACUUUUCCUUCCCCUAGAUUCUUUGUUUUAAGCUACAGUAUUCGUAUUUUAAAAUGUUUUAAAUUAUUUUAAGACAUGAAUAUAGCAGUUACAUUUUUGAAUAGUUAUUUGAAAGUGACUGUAAGAUAAAGUUUUAGAGAAUCUAUUUUGGAUAGGGUUGAUUUACAUUUUCACAUUUUCUAAAAAUCAGCUUUGGUUUUAGAACUGAUUGUUUUUCAUUUCAGGAAAACCUAUCAGGUUUAAUCUAUUACUUUAAAAAUAAUUAUCAUAUAUUGCAGUCUUUAAAUAGGUAUUUUGAUUCUUUACUUCCCACAGAAAUUCAAAUUUAUUCAGUUGAACUCACAUUUUAAAAUUCUAUCUUUCUGCUGAACUCUAACCUUCUAAUGUUGCCUUCUAAGCAAAUUGAAAGCUGCCUUAUACUGAAUGAGGAAGAGAACAAAUACUUGGCUGAAUGAGGUACUGCAAGAGACUGCAUGAACUUUGAAGAAAGACUUGAGUUAUUGUCAUAGGAUUUCCGUCCUCUUUAGCUUUUUCUUAAACAUAUGACAAAAUACCUACACAGAGAGUGGUAUUUGAGUUAAUAUAGUACAUUUAUUUUUCAGACUGACAUUCAGCUUAAAUAUGCCAGUAUGUGAUUUAAUUCACAGGUGCCUGAUGAACACAUUAUUGUCAGAUUGGUUACAGAUGCUAAAUGCUAUCUGAAGGUCAUUCCUAGUCAUUUAUACAUGUCAGGGUAAAAGUGAAGUGAUUUGAACUAUAAAAAUACCUUUGAAAUAAUUUAUCAAUGUAUUAGAUAAACUCAGCUUCAGAAUGAUAAAGAAAAACUGUUAGACCAAAUAAUGUGGCUAAUUAACAGUGGUACGAUUUCUAGCCUGAGGGUUCAAAAUGGACUUAAAGUAACUGUCUUUAAACUGAACUCAAAGAAUGCAAAAGCAGCAAGUUCAGAAAAUAAAAGGCAAGAACAGGACCUUAAGUCCAUUUUAAACCCUUGGGCUGGAAAUCCUACCACUGUUAAUUAGCCACAUUAUUUGGUCUAACAGUUUUUCUUUAUCAUUCUGAAACUGAGUUUAUCUAAUACAUUGAUAAAUUCAUACAAUCUGGAAGAGUCAGUUGAAGUCACAAGGGCUCAAUAUUUGCAAUCUUUAAGUGAAUGCAGGCAAUUCUCUUAUUCAAUCUGUAAAAUCGUAUUAUUGAUCUCCUAUUAAUGUCAUAUUUAUAAAAGUAUCAUGAGGAUGCCCAAUGCUAAAAGUGGAGAUGGUCUAGUAACUAGAAAUGCCCACCCCAGGGAGCGCAGAUACAUCUCUCCCUACAUCCUAAUGAUAUGAUGUAUUUUGGAACACAGACAUUAGAACUUCAUGAAGUUUUAGCUGUUGAUUCUUCCCCAAGCAUCAUCCAGUUAUGAUAUAGGCAACAUAUGACUGAAAUAAUUCAUUGAUCAUGCACAUUAACAUAAAUAUUACACAAAAUAUGCCUCUAACUGAAACUGAGAGGUAUAAAAACAUAUUUCACUCUUCGUAAAGAACUUUGUGAGGAAAUAUAACUCCGUGAUUGUAUAGACACUUUCCUCAUGACACUUUGACAUUCACAAACAGUAGAUUGCGCUGCAGUUUGUAAACAUUUUAAGUUGCAUAAACUGCUCCUUGAUUUUCAAAUGUAGUAUAAUGCUGUCUACUAAAAUUCCUUUUUGUUUCAACUAAGUACUCUCACAUAUAUUAGUUUAUAAUAAUGUUUGUUAUUAUUUUUAAAGUCUUUUCCAUUCAAGAAAAAGAAUUCCUAUGUCAGAUGGUUGAAGACUAGGUAUUAGCCAGAGAGGUCUAGAUGGUAAAAUCCAUCUUCUAGCUUCAAGUAAGCUCCAUGAACAUAGAGGAAUGCCAGGUGUCACGCAGCUUUCCUUCACUCGAAUUCAUUCUUGACUAGAGCCUGUAUGCCUGUUCCAGGGACAUUUAAACUCUUAAAGGAUUUCUUCUGAUCUUUACUAAAUACAUUAAGGAGAAUGCCAACCAGUGCCCUUUUGUGUAUUGGGACAUGUAGUCAUGUGAUUAAAACAGGGAACACGAACUCUGACUUUAAAAUGUAUUGUAGACAUAAAUGCUCUCAGCUAGAAAAGGUUUUCCACAUCCACAGUCAUGAUGGGAGCCUUUCAUUCCUCAGAAAUAAUCCCCUUUUAGGUCAUCAAAAAAGAGUACAACUGCCACAGCUCAUGAUGCAAUAUCUUCAUGAGCCCAGAGCACAUGCAAAUCCUAAGGGAACUACCGUAGUACAGUGCUCAUUCUUGGCACCAGAACAAAUGAAACAUAUUCUAUCCUGCACACACCUGCCAGAGCAGGCCACUUUCCUCUUCUGGGAGAUUUAAAAAGCUCCCCAAAAUGUUAUUACUCCCAUCCCCAAUACACAGAAAAAGGGGGAAAGGCUGUUUCCAGCGCUCCACCUUUAAGCAACUGUAAAUGUCAGUACUCACAGUGGCAUAUUACAAAGUAAUAGACCGCGCACUUGAGGGCAAACCACAUAUUGAGCUAAUGAAGAGCUCACUGUGAUUAGGAUUCGAUCAAACAUAACAGCAGAACAUAAGGAAAUUUUAUUUGAAUUCCGUAAUGAAUAUACAGGCUGUACUAACAUUAAAAAAGCAUGGCAGCCUAUCCCAAACCAGCAAGAACAGUUGUGUGCAUACAGUGGGUCUUUGUGUGUUUGAACUCCCAUCACAUAAGGGCAAACUCGAUAUGCAUGCUAGCGUCCUAUAAUUAUCAAAUUUAAAAAAUGCUAAAGGAUGCCAGAGUGAACAUGAGGGAAAGACCCACUCUCAUUUAACUUUUUACAAAUAAAUUUAAACUAUAAAUUAGAAACACAAAUAAAUUUAAACUAUAAAUUAGAAACACAAAUAAAUUUAAACUAUAAAUUAGAAACACAAAUAAACAUAAGUGGCUCUAACAUUCAAAUGAAGGAAAUGAAUUGUGUAGGAUAUUAACCCCUUAAACGUUUUUUUUUUUUUUUUAAAUUUCUUGACCCGCUCUUAGAUGAUGGUGAUGUUUAGCUCUCUGUUCUCGGCGGCCCGAAAAGAAUGGCAUGCAGCCUCUCCUGCUCCUCCUGCCGCCUCUCCUGUACCAACAGCUUCUCCACUCAAGCCUGGGUGCUCCUGGGGAGUCCUGCAUUAGAGGAAGCAGCUGCUGGAUCUGCUGUGCAGUGGGGUUGUCAUGGGGGAGAACCCUCCCUGUCCUCUCCCGGUGCAGCCUCCAUGCUAUCAGUGAGGCUCAGCUCACUAAGAUCUUCAGAGAGAGGGAGGGGGGUGGGAAUCUGAGCACAGUGCGAGCCUCCCCUGCUCCUGCCUGCCCACCCCGCCUGAGGGCUCUACUCACCACCCUGCUUGUCCGCACACCCAAGCUCCUGUGGGACUGGGGCUCCAGGUACUGGUCUGGCUGCUGCUGCAGACUCGGAGCCUCUUGGCUCUUCAGCUCCACCUGCCGGAAGACCCUGGGCAUGAGGACAUGUGGUGGCUGGCUUCCAGAUUCCUGGCCCAUUAAUAGGGUAGCGAGGGCACUGUGGGGCUCUGUGGCCUGCCCAGGCCCCUGGCCCCUUGCUCCAGGCCUAAGAGACUGGCUCCCUUGCCUAGAACCCCAUGCCUCCUUCCCUAGCAUCAAAUCUCACGUCCUUUCUCCCAGCAUUUAAACUGUAGGCCACAGACUGGUGGAAAAGCAGGCGGAGCCAACCACCAUC